UCUCAAUAUGUUCAAGACGAUAAGCAGAAAUUUUAAGUAUAACGUCAUAAUAAUGAAGAUUACAACAACCUAAACAUGACCAGAGAAAAAAAUUUCAUUUUAAUCCAUAAAAUAUAAUGAAACAGGCAGAUAAAAGCAGAAAAAUGACUUUACCGACUACGUUUACUUGGAUUAUUGCUGCAAGUACAAUCACUUGCUCUUUGUCCUUAAAAGACGACUCAUUAGUAUUCAUCGCUAACCCUGUUGAAUCUAAUAUGCCUGGACAUUGGAUGCCAUUAAGCAUUAUAAGAUUAAUAUUAUCAAGAACAACAACAACCAGUACAGUUCAACAACCUAUAACUUAUAACAAAUAUAAAAGACUUACAUCUAGAGCUCAGCCUUCGUCAACUUUAAAAUUAAGCAAAGUAGAAACGUCAACAGUAUUAGAAACAACUAAAAAAUUUAUUACUGAAGCAACUGUAGAAACAAUCACAGAAACAACAGCAAAGGUGAUUACACAAAUAAUCACAAGAGGAACUACUGAAGCUGCAACCGAAGCCACAACGGAAGCUGUAACAGAAGCAACAACAGAAGAAAUAAUAGAAACUAUGACAGAAGCUACGAUAAAGUCUACAACAAAAAUUACAACAAAAGCUACGACUGAAGCUACAACCGAAGCAACGACUGAAGCAACGACUGAAGCAACGACUGAAGCAACAACCGAAACAACGCCCGAAGCAACGACCGAAGCAACGACCGAAGCAACGACCGAAGCAACGACCGAAACAACAACUGAAGCAACAACUGAAGCAACAACCGAAGCAACGACCGAAGCAACGACCGAAACAACAACUGAAGCAACAACUGAAGCAACAACCGAAGCAACGACCGAAGCAACGACCGAAACAACAACUGAAGCAACGACCGAAGUUACAACAGAAGUCGCAACCAGAGCAGUGAAAAGGCCACCGAAACGACCACCGAAACUCGAUAGUCACAUGAACUCAAUGUUAUCUCAAGUAAUCAUCUCAAUAUUUGGGCUUGCUAUAAUUAAAGACACAUUUGGAGAAAAAUGGCCAGAUAUAGAAAAAGAUCCUUUACUGUUUGUUGCGAAUCCAGUGGAAGCAGACUUACCCGGUCAUUGGAUGCCAUUGAGCAUAAUUAAAGUAAUACUUGAAGGAACGACAAAAUCCAAUACAGUUUCAACCAUACGACCAGUGCCAAUAUUCAAAUUGAAAAAGAUUCUACCGACAAUUGUAUCAACACCGAGUACGACACCAGUACCAGUUCCGAUAACAACUACAGAACAAACGUCAACUACAUCAAGAACUUCAACUACAACCACUUCAAGUACAACAACUCCAACUACAACAACACCAACAACAACUACAACCACUCCAACUACAACAACUCCAACUACAACAACUCCAACUACAACCACUCCAACUACAACCACAACAACUCCAACUACAACAACACCAACAACAACUACAACUACUCCAACUACAACAACUCCAACUACAACCACACCAACAACAACUACAACCACUCCAACUACAACCACUCCAACUACAACAACACCGACUACAACAACUCUAACUACAACCACACCAACAACAACUACAACCACUCCAACUACAACAACACCAACAACAACUACAACCACUCCAACUACAACAAUUCCAACUACAACCACACCAACAACAACUACAACCACUCCAACUACAACAACACCAACAACAACUACAACCACUCCAACUACAACCACUCCAACUACAACAACACCAACAACAACUACAACAACUCCAACUACAACAACACCGACUACAACAACUCCAACAACAACAACUCCAACUACAACAACACCGACUACUACUACAACAACUACAACCACUCCACCUACAACGACAUCGACUACAACAACUCCAACAACAACAACGACGACGACAACGACGGUUACAGAACCAUCAACAACAUUAAAACGAUUACCGAAUAGAAAACCUAAGAAAAAAAUUGACGGUCAUGAAAAUUCUGCAACAUAAUAAAAAUAUUCUCACAGUAA